UACUUCACUGUUGGGACGCUCCGAUGUGCACAGGAAAUGUAGACUUGAAGUUUUAACCUGGCUCCAGUUUAGGUCUUGGUGAGAGAAAUGCCACAAUGCCGGUCAGUCAGCGUUUCGGAGGACGGUGAGCACUCCAAGAGACGAACGCCUCGUGCUUGCGACCGCUGCAGGACCAAGAAAUCAAAGUGUGACGGCGCUACAAGAUGCAGCAAGUGCAUUGAAACCAGGAGCAGUUGCACGUAUACUAUGAGGAGAGGACGAGAAUCUAGAAGCCAGUUAGUGAUAUUCGUAUGCUCGAAAUC